AUGUCCGUUUUCUGCUCCCUGGGCAUGUUUAUCCUCGACGAAAUCCAUUUCGCCGACGGAACGUCCCUUUACAACGUUCUUGGCGGAGGUGGCGUAUUUGCCAUGGCGGGCUCGCGGAUUGUCCUCGGAAGCCAGCAGAGCAGGCUCUGUGGUGGUAUUAUAGAUAUCGGCAGCGACUGUCCUGAAGAAAUAUUGCGAGAGCUGCAGAGCUGGAAUCUGGGCGCAGUCUUCCGCUACGACAAUACACGGCUAUGCACGCGCGGAUGGAACAAGUACGGACUCAACGAUUGGCGUGAGUUCAAAUAUAUGACGCCCAAACGCAGAAUCGAGGUGGCCGAUUUGAAGCAGCACGAGCACUUGAUCCGGUCGCGGUCGUUUCAUUUGCUCUGUUCGCCUGGCUCUCUGCGCGAAAUGCUGGAAUCCAUCAUCUCUGCGCGACCAGACAAGCCGCUAAUUGUCUACGAAGCCAUUCCUGACCGGUGUCGGCCAGAACAUCUGGAGGCCCUGAAUGCCGCCCUUGAACACGUCGACGUGUUCUCUCCCAACGCGGCAGAGGCUGCUGCAUUUUUUGGCGAGCCUGAGCCAACCGAUAAAGAAAAUUGCGAAAGGGUAGCACGCAUGCACAAGGCCCGCGUGCUGCUGGUGCGGUGCGGCGCUUUGGGCUCGCUUCUGUACGCCAAUGGCCAAAUCAAGUGGUUUCCCGCAUACCAUGAUGACCCUGCCCGCAGCGACUACAAGGUUGUGGACCCAACAGGCUGCGGUAACACGUUUGUGGGGGCUUUUGCUACGCAGCUAGCUCUGAGCGGUGAUUUGGAGGAGGCGUGCAUUUCUGCGACGGUAGCAAGCGGGCUUGCGAUCGAACAGUACGGACCGCCUCGACUGGAAGACGCUGACCGCUGGAAUGGCACAUUUUUUGAACAGCGGGUCCAAAACUAUCGCAACCGACUGGGUAGCUCCUGA